AUGCUUCGAGUCGCGCUGGUGGCUGCUGCGGUCUUUGUGGGAGAUGCCGCACGCCUCAAGCGAAGAGCUCCUCAACAGGUGCAGUUUUCUGGCGUGGACAACGACGGGAAGACUCCAAUUCUCAUCGAGGUUGGAACUGCUGGAUCAGGACCCGCUUGCGAGAAGAUCAAGUGUGCGGAUCCCCUCACGUGCCCACCGGGAUUUCAGAAAACCAAGGUUGAUGGACACUGCUGUCCUUACUGCAUCAAUCCGGACAUCAAGAUCGAGCCCGAGGUGACUGGCGCAACUGGCAAAGCAGGCGGCACGAAGAGCACCCACUGCCCCGAGGUUUGGUGCUUUCCAACGAUGUGCACCAAGAAGGAGAUCAUGCCCACCUUCGACAACGGAAUGUGCUGCCCACAAUGCCCUGAGUGA